AUGGUUAGAAAAAUUAGAAUUGGUGGAAACAGAACAAAUAUAGGAGUGAGAGCUCUAUUUAAGUACAUUCUUCUGAUUUCUGGACUGCUAGCAGUGAUAGAUAACAAGUUUAAUGUAGUUGUACUCGCAGUUUCAGGGUUUGAUUCGUCUCAAGAACUAAGUGGGCAAAGUAAUGUUUCAAAUUACGGGAGCUCAGUUGUGGUUGGGGAUGAAGAAACUGAGAAUUCAGCAACAUCUAAAGUGGCGAGUGAGCUUUCUGCAGAAAAUAGUGCCCUUGAUUAUGAUACAAGCAAUAGUAAAGGUUCCUCAGAACCUUUACCAAUCGGUGCUUCUUUAUUUCAGGGCGACUCAAGUGUAGCAUUUGAUGAUAGUCCUCCAGAUGGCCUACCAAGUGGAUUAAAGAUAACUUCUCCUGGAGUUAUAGAAUAUGGUUAUAACAAUAUCCCAGAAAGUUCAGUUGACGCAAAAACGCCGGAUUCUGGGAAAGACAGAUCAGAAUUUAGCGAUCCAGUAAUUAUGGAAUCACUAGAGAAUACUCCAAAAUCCAAGACUGAUUCACACCGAGCUUCUUUUGAAGUCUUUGAUGGGAGCAUUUUGGAAAAAGAACUUAGCAAUAAUUUCAAAAAAAUGAAAAUGCAAGAGAAACUUCUUGAGCCUUUGACAGAAAAUGUCGAAAUAACUAGCUCUCUAAUGAAAACUCCAAAAACUCCAGAAACUUAUUCUGUCAGCAAAUUCAGUGAACCAGAAACACAUGCAGUGCAUGCAGAUAGCCACAUAGAAAGCCCGCCUAAAACUCCUGACGAUUUUGUCAUAAAUGAUUAUGAAAUUAAGGUUGAAGCAAAUCCAAUAGAACAAAAGAAAAUUUCGCAGGACCAGGUAGGAUCAGAGGUAGUUUUUGAGGAGACUAGCGAAUCAAAGUUGCCAAUAUUUUUGACAGGGGAAGGAGAGAGUAGAGUAUCUCAACCUGGAGAGGAGUCAUCACAAUUGACUUCUGGUAUUUCAGAAACUUCCAAAUUUGGUUCAAGCAGUUUGGUAAACGUAGAAAGUUCGAGUCUUUUUCCACAGAAGGAAGACAACAAAUAUCAGACUACAGAUCAGAAAGAGACUUCUUUUAGUACUGAUAUUUCAAAAAAUAUAGAUUUGUCCAUAAAAGAAGGGGCAAAGAAUCUUGAACAUUCUUUUGGCUUUGUUGACGAAAGUAAAGCUUCUGGAAGAGUUGAUUCUGUGCAUGAUCUGAGUCCUAAAGAGUCUAGUUUUGUAAAUCCAAAAACAGAAGAUCUUUCAAUGAUACCAUCAGAAAGUGAAGCAACAUUAAUGGAUGUUUCUAACAAAAUAAACCAACCGUUUGUUCAGGAGCCUUCAAAAACGGCUUCUAUUUCAAUUGAACCUCCAUCUCCUCCGAGCAGUGCGGUUGAGGAGAGAACUGUUGGAAACAAAAGAAUUUAUUCUGGUCCUUAUAUUAGGACCAGCGCAACAACAGGCAAGGUUAGUCCAAGAAUUGCUUCUGUAAUUAAUUCUCUAGUGGGACAAUUUGAAAGAUUCAAUCUUUAUGGGGCAGGAAAUAAGAAUGAAGAAAUAAAACCAGGAGAGCAAAAUAUAUCGAACAAAUAUGUAUCUUCAAUGAAAAGUAACUUUGAUCGUGCAAGUAAAGAUUCUUCUGUUUUUGUUCCUCAAAAUAGCCAAGAGAAUGAAUUAGUAGAAGCUUUGAAAAAAGAGAUGCCUAGAAAUAACUUCCUCUUCAAAAACAGAUUUGAGGAAAUGAAAGCUACACAAAGUUCUUCUGGUAAGACUUUGUUGCAAGAGGAAAUUGAAAAGCUAAGAGGAACAUAUAGAAGUACUUUAUCAAAGCGAUUUAGUACUGGGAAGACUUGGGAAAGGCCAUCCAAUGUUCAAAGUGAUAAUAAACCCAUUCAGGUUACUUAUUCAGGAGACGAGUUCUUGGAUAAGGUUAAGCUGAUUAAUCCCAACUAUAACCAAGGUGAAUCACAACCAGUUGAAACUACCAAAGAGGUGGAUGCUAAUUUAGUUGAGGAAUCACGCCCGGAACAAUCUGAAAAUGAAGAGAACACUCAAUAUCUUGAAAGUAGCCACACUUACAAACAGGAAAGCCCAAAGUAUUCAGUACCACCAAAUAAUGUUGAAAAUAUCCCAGAAAAGACCCAAGAAACUGAGAUGACAACUGAUGAAGGGUACAGUGAUGCAGAGUCAUUCUCUAAAGUGCCAACUACAGGAUUUGAAGAUUCUGAUCAAAGUAGUAUGGAUGAAACUCAACUGAAUUUGAAUUUCCAGAAAGCUGAAGAGGGCUCUAUUAAUGAUUCCCCAAAAAAUAUUCAGGCUACUGAUGAAUUAAAGGUUAAUAGCUUUGCAAACAUGCCGUUCUCUUACAUUAACACGCUAAAAGAACUCCCUGUAGGAUUGAAACCACAAGAUGCUCCCGUUACUGAAAUUCCAGAAGCCAUUAUGGAUCGCAGAUCACAAAUUGAUGAAUUAGAAAAUCAAGACAACCAGUUAGAGAAUCAAAGUACUCCAUACCAAAGCGAUAGUGCACAAAAUAAGGAAUUGAACAUUUCACAUCCAAAGGAUAUGGAAUUAUCACCUGAACAAGAAAAGGAAAUUAAUGUUUGCUACAAUAAGGCAAAAAAGAUCAAGACUAUUAACUUUGGAUUGCAGUUAACAGAACAUCCAAGCAGCGUAGUUACUGAAACCUUUAUUAGUGAAUUUACUAAGUAUAAACCUAAGAUCAGGGAAUUUGUCAAUUUUGCACAAGAGACACUAAGAGUUGCAGAAAAUUACAAUAAAAAGAGGUCAUGGAGAAAGAAAACUAAAAAAUUCAAGCUUGAAUUCCUUGAGCUUUCAAAUGAGUUCUUACAGCAUUCAAAAGCUAUUAGAUCUCUUUUACACCAUUUAAUUCAGGUCACCAAUCCAAAUAUUAUGGAUAUUCUUCAACAAAUUAUAACUGGCCAUAAUCAAGACAGACAUAGUUUACUAGUACAAUGUAAGAUUCUCUACCAAGCAUUCUAUUCUUACAAGAACUCCGUUAGAAGUAAACUACUCAAGAAAAUCUCAGAUCUAAAUUUUGUUGAUGUGUUAAACAAACAGAUUAAAAUAUAUCUUGAACAACGUUUCCAUCCUAUAGUUAAAGCCAUACAAUCUAAUAAAUACCUUAAGAAGAAGCUAUCAAGACACAUUCCAGAUGUAAAUAUUCUUGAAAGUGUUAAUCAAUAUCAAGAUCUCUCUCAAGUCGGAGGCGGUGAGCAAACCACUCCAAAUAAAAAGAAAGGUAAUAAAAUUACAAGAUUUUUCAGAAGACUGUUUAAAAAGCCAUCUUGUAUUAAAUGUCAGAGAUCUAAAAAACAAUCUAAAAAGCAGAAACUUAAUAACAAGUAA